AUUCAUUGUGCUGAAAAGUUAAGUGAACUAAUUAAGCUUUGUGCAAUAAAUUGAAAUGAAUUUAAAAGUUUUGGUUUGUGUUUUUGCAUUCAUGUUUGUGUCAAAUUUAUCUUUUGUUUGUGGACAAAAUGAAGCUUUAAGCUGUAAUUAUUCGAAUUCAUCAUCUGGUUAUAGCUGCGGCCUUAAAAUCAUUAAUCCGAAUGGAUUUAACAAUUUUACUGGAAUUAACGGAACGCACUUAAUUGGCAUGACUGAUAUCGAUGUUCUUCAUGUUUACAAAUCUUUAUCAAAUACCUUAAACAUUCCAUCAAUAAUUUGUGAAACAUUUCAAAAUACUCAGACGAUUGAAUUGACUGCCAGCGGUAUUCAAAUAAUCGAUGAAGAUUCUUUCCAAAAGUGCACAAAGCUUCAAUUUUUGGACCUUAAAAACAACAAAAUAAGGCAAUUUCACAAAAAUGCAUUUAAAGAAAAUUCAGAACUGGCGUAUUUACUUCUUUGGUACAAUCAAAUAACUGAGCUCCCUGAAGAUCCAUUCUCUAAUCUACAAAAACUUGUCCGUCUUGACUUUGAAUUAAAUCAAAUAACCAAUCUUCCUGAAAAUAUUUUCAACCCUUUAACUGGAUUAAGCAUAUUGUAUUUAGAGAGAAAUUUGAUUGAAGUUCUGCCAAGAAAUAUUUUCAGUUCACUUCAAAAUAUGUCAACUCUUGUGAUGCAUAACAACAAGCUUAAAAUUCUCCAUUCUGAUUCAUUUGGACACCUACCAAAAUUAGAUGAAGUACAUAUGUACAGCAAUCAGAUUGAUGCAAUUGAUGAACGGUUAAUUAACAAUACAGGAAUAAACAGCUUUAAUUUGCAAUCCAACUUAUGUGUAAGUAAAGACAUUACCGAUAAUUCUGUGACAAGAGAAUCUAUGAGAGCUGAUUUAAAGCUGUGCUUUGAAAACUAUGAUAGGAUAAUGUCAGGAUGUGCUGACGGAAAUAUUGACGAAAGAGUCUGUAAAUUAGAAGGCAAGCAUGAAGAAGUUAUAAAAGAUAUAAAAGCUCUCACUGAAGAGAAUGAACAAAUGCGUUUGGAAAUCAAUAACCUUGCAAAAGAAAAACAGGAACUAGAGGAAAAUAUAUUGACACAGAAUAAAAUUUUUAUUGCGGCUAUUACUGAAUUGGAACAUCAAAUGUUUGAGUUGAAAGGAUGUGGAUGUGGAUGUCAGUAGUAAUUUAUUUAAAGAUUUUUUUGGAAAGGACCAAAAAUAGUCAACAUGUGAUUUUAAUUUAAUAUAAAGUUGGUAACAAAUACUUCAAAAAAGCUAUGUAUUAUCUUAUCAAAUUUAAAAUGCAAUAAAGAUUAUUUUUGUUUCAAUAAUAUAAAUAUAGGGCUGUUCAUAAAUGACGUCAAUUAAAAAGACUAGAUUUUUAGACUCUUUAUGGAUCAAGAAAAUAUUCUUUUAUAUGAGCUUCCAGACCACCUUCCCACCUUAAUGUUAGACGUCAUUUAUGAACAGCCCCUACAUUUUAAAAACAGCAUAAUGCAACAAUAGGAAGAAAAAAAUUAAUCAUUCAUUAUUUUCAUGAAGAAAACUCAACAUGAAAAAUGAAUUAAUCCAGAACAUCCCACAAAAAAACCAGCAAAAUACGCAAAUAGUUGCUGUUGCAUCAAAAAUCACCCUAAUUUUUAUUUCCAUUUCUACAUACCCAAAAAAAAUUCAAUUGAAUUCAUUUCCCAUCUCAAUUUAUCUCUCGAUAUUUUUAUAUUCGGA